AUGCCCUCGCCCACAGACCCGGCGCACCAAUUCGAUUCGAUCGAGGAGACAAUUGCAGCAUUCAAGAAUGGCGAAUUCAUUAUUGUUCUUGAUUCACAGGAUCGCGAGAAUGAAGGUGACCUCAUCAUUGCCGCCGAGUCGAUCACCGCCGCGCAGAUGGCAUUCCUGGUGCGCUAUACAAGCGGCCUAAUAUGCGCCCCCAUAACCCCCGACCUUGCCACCCGCCUCGCCCUCCCGCAAAUGGUAACCAACAACACCGACCCCAAAGGCACCGCCUACACAAUCACAAUCGACUCGAGCGACGCCUCCAUAACAACAGGUAUCUCAGCUCAAGACCGCGCCCUCACCUGCCGCACGCUUGCCUCCCCCGCCGCGCACCCGGACUCCUUCCGCCGCCCCGGCCACAUCAUCCCGCUGCAGGCGCGGCCCGGCGGCGUGCGCGAGCGCAAGGGCCACACCGAGGCCGCGGUGGAUUUCUGUCGUCUGGCUGGGAAGACGCCUGCCGGGGUGAUUGCCGAGCUCGUUGAGGAUGGCGAGCUCGAGGAUGGCGUGCCGGAGAUCCGGGGCGAGAAUGGUAUGAUGCGUCGGGACGCUUGCUUGCGUUUUGGGAGGCGUUGGGGCAUUAAGGUCUGUACUAUUGAGGAUUUGGUGUUGUUUUUGGAAGAAAAUCCUGCCGAGGUUCCUAAUGGGAAGCAUUGA